AUGAGAGUUGAGUCGGAACGAAGCUAUUACAAGAUUGUGCAGCACGGCAAAACGCUGAAGCACGAUUUCGAAUCGUGUCCAUGCACUGCAGAGCAAGCACAAUUAUGCUUGCCUCCGUGCAAAAGUCAGUUCCUACAAGCGGACUUUGAAAAGAUGUUUGUUGACAAGAUUUAUAUCUUUUCAAGAGACAUUUCAAUAGUCCCUUGUUCCGCUCAAGAAUCUUUCAAUGCAUUUAUCAAUAGAAUAAGAAGAAACAUGGAGCCCGGUGGUGGUUAUGCUAUUUAUAACUUCCAAUUAAAUAAUAAUUUGAUGAGUCGGAGAGAUGUUGACCAAUCGUUAUUUGCUGAGAUGGUGGCAGAAUCUCACGGUGGUAGCGAUGGUGAUAGGGGGUGGCAGACUGAGUUCUGCCCCCGCCCUGGCAAAUACGCCAGUUCCGAUUCUGGUACCUCGUUCAAAACGAAGCUUGAUACGAACAUUUAA